UCCUCCCAACCAGUAAGUUCACCCCCUGAGCAAACAGACCCGGAGCAUCUGUACUGCAGACAGGACAACAAGAGACAACAAGAGCUGCCAUACAACACACAUUUAAUGUCUUUUUAAAAUCAAAGACUGGGUACAAUGGAGGUGAAGGUGUCUGUGGACGGUAUCCCACGUGUGGUCUGUGGAGUUACAGAGGAAACAACAUGCCAAGAAGUGGUUGUUGCACUGGCUCAAGCACUGGGUCAGCCCGGACGCUACACAUUACGGGAGAAAUUCAAAGACUUUGAGCGAUGCAUGACGCCUGAUGAGCAUCUUCUGGAGACUCUUGAGAAAUAUGGUGAGCAGGCCAGGGAGGUCCAGCUCACACUGCUCCACAGUGGACCCUCUGUCUGGGAUGAAAUGAGCAGAACAAAAGUUGGCAGAUACCAUCCUUGCCCACCACUGAGAAGAAAAGAUGCAGGGGCUAGAACACGGCGGAGCAGCGGUUCACUAAGUUUGCAUCGCCAAAGCUUGCCACCUUGUUUAAGGCAAGAAGCUGAACAUCAAAAAGAGGAUCUGAAAAGGCCUAAAAGGAAGUCUUUGACGCUCAUGGAAGAGGCCUGGGAAUGGCUGGAGAGUCUGGGGAAAGGCAAGGUCUACAGUACUGCCUGUGAUAAGGAAGGCAGUAAGAGAGCCGAUAAAAGGAACCGCUCCUCUUUGGAUGUUUCUCUCACUGUGGACAAAGAUACUUUAGGUCGAAGUAGCAGAAGUAAAGUCAGAGGUCAGAAAAGUUUAAAGUCAGACCUGGACCAUCAAACAUCCUGCUGCAUGGGAAGUCAGACGAGAGGCAAAGAAAGCAAACAUCACAAGAAAAGUAAUGAGGCAAAAUCUGAUGACCUGCUCAGUUCAAGCUGUGUUACGACUGAAGAUGAGAAAAAUCGUCUGAGAGAAAUCGUAAUACGUCAGCUCAAUUGUUUGCAGGAUUUACAGGUCCAGAUAGCACACACAGACAAACAGAUUUUUGAGCUUGAGGAAAAACAGAGGGCCAAAAGAGCUGAGCAGGAAGCCCAGCGGAGAAUGGCUGAGGAGGAGAUGGAGCAGAUCAAGUUCUGGGAAAAUGAAUUAAAAGCAGAGGAGGGUCAUGAGAAAGAUUUGCAAUGUCAGUUCCUUGAGAUGAGGGCAAAGGCUGUUGAGUGCAAGGCCAAACUGGAGGCAUACAAGCUCAAAAUACAGGGGCUCGAUUUCUUUGCCACUCAAAAUGUUGUUGGAAAAGAUUCGGAGAUGAUUUCAAAAGUUGGUGCAAAUGCUGCCACUGAGUUUUCAGCUGAGGACGCAAAUCUGCAACGAUCUGAUCCAGAUGGGGAUGUAAAUAUUAACAGGAAGUUCCUGCCCAGAGAACACAGCUCUCCUCAUGCUUUUGUUUCUUCCAGCCAUACGAGAGAGCGGCGGCCCACAGGUCCCACAGAGCUCAGGGAGUGGUGGACACGCUGGUCUGAAGCCCAAAGCUCUCAGUCACACACUAAAAAGAAGGUGAUUCACCGCUCUGAACUUACUAUAUAUCUGGGUAGUACCAAGGUUUAGAAUCAAAUCAAGUCAUCAAUAAUAAGUCUAUAUGCGAUGAAUGCUUGUCGUAUUAUUUUCUUUAAGACAGGAGUUAUCUUGAUCUAACUUGUAAUGAGUGUUUAUACCCAAGACUUACUGUGUGUACGUUGCUGGGAUGGAGCCCCGCAACAAGUAUUGUGGUGCAUUCCCUUCCACAUGAACCCAGUCUUUCAUUGGUUUGUUUCCUACAGUGAGCCCCCUAGUGGUUAAAGCAGCUCUAUGUCAGAAGUGACACCCUGCGGUUUUCAACCAGGGAAGGAGGACAGCAUUAGUUGAAACGCAGCACACAACAGGAAGUGCCUCGACUCAAAAGUCCUUAGAAUUAAAAAAAAGAAAGAAAAAAAAAA